AUGAUCUCUCAAAUUACCCCAUCAAAGACUGCUGCCUCUGGCAUUCAAAACAUGAAAAUGGAAUCACCCAUUAAGAAGCUCGACUUCGCCGGAAAAGAGAAUGGUGCAUUCGAUGCCGACAUGCCAAUUGUCGAAGAAGUCAAGAAACCAAUCGUCGAGGAACAAAAGAUUGUCGCAGUUACAUCUAGACUCCAGACAGAAGAAGCAGAUGAACCUCUUCUCCAAGAGAACCCAAACCGUUUCGUUCUAUUCCCAAUCAAGUACCAUGAGAUCUGGCAGAUGUACAAGAAGGCAGAGGCAUCUUUCUGGACCGCAGAAGAGAUCGAUUUGUCAAAAGAUCUUCACGACUGGAACAACAAGCUCAAUGACGACGAGCGAUACUUCAUUUCUCACGUUCUCGCAUUCUUUGCAGCAUCCGAUGGAAUUGUCAACGAGAACUUGGUUGAGCGAUUCAGUGGUGAAGUUCAAAUCCCAGAAGCACGAUGCUUCUACGGUUUCCAAAUCAUGAUGGAAAACAUCCACUCUGAAACAUACUCUCUUCUCAUCGACACAUAUAUCAAGGAGCAAGCACAAAAGACAUACCUCUUCAACGCCAUUGAUACCAUUCCUUGCAUCAAGAAGAAGGCUGACUGGGCUGUCAAAUGGAUUGAAGACAAGAACUCUACCUUUGCUCAACGUCUUGUUGCAUUCGCCGCCGUUGAAGGUAUCUUCUUCUCCGGAUCCUUCGCCUCCAUCUUCUGGCUCAAGAAGCGUGGUCUCAUGGCCGGACUUACCUUCUCGAACGAACUCAUCUCUCGUGACGAAGGUCUCCACACCGACUUCGCAUGCCUCCUCUUUUCUCAUCUCAACCACCGCCCAUCUAAGCAAGCCGUUCAAGAUGUCAUCACCGAAGCCGUCGAAAUUGAGCAAGAAUUUUUGACCGAGGCCCUUCCUUGUGCUCUCUUGGGCAUGAACUCCAACCUCAUGAAGCAAUACAUCGAGUUCGUUGCUGAUCGUCUCCUCGUCUCUUUGGGUAACGACAAAGUCUACAAGUCUGCCAACCCAUUCGACUUUAUGGAGAACAUUUCCUUGGCUGGUAAGACCAACUUCUUCGAAAAGAGAGUUGGUGAUUACCAAAAGGCUGGUGUCAUGGCUGGUAUCCAACAGAAACAUGAGGAUACAGAGGCACAAACCGAAGCUAAGGCAGAGAAUGGAGGUGACUUCAACUUUGACGAAGAGUUUUAA